AUGGCGCAGAUGGUUUUCAAUUGUUUUAUUCUAGGUGACACUCGUGUGUUUCCGGCUGUUCUUGGAGAAAAUAUUACCAUCAAUGACGAUACCAUUCCUUUUGAAAAUUUCAAUGACAGACUUCUCAUGGACUACAUUUUGGAAAAGAAAAGGGAUGUUAUUAGUAGCUCUAACAUAGAUCUUUGGAAGGUUGAAAUUGAAGAAACCAAUGAAAACAUAGAAAAACUUGUAAAUACUGAAAUUAACAUUAGAGAAGUAUUCAGAGGUGAUACAACUAAAUUGGCAAAGAAAAUUUUCUCGGGUAAACCACCGGAUAAGCACAUUCACAUCAUCAUCGUGCAACCACCUCGUGCCUGCCACCAAUGUGUAACGGACAUAACACAAUUGGGAGGUUUUUGUGAAACAUUAUUUGAAAUGGUCACGUAUACAAUAAUUCGUCAAGGAGGAGACUUUCAAGUACAUAAACUCACAGAUGAUGGUACACAAUCUGAAUGUGAAAUUAAUGGUUUUGAUUACCUAGAAGAAAAUUUUUUUGAUAAUGUCGAAGAGAUACAAGGACCAGUAAAAUAUUAUUGA